AUGCGGAUUUUUUCAGGUGACAACAAAGCAGUCGAUUCUCCUACCAAUACUCACGUGUUAAAGAGCCCAUCCACUUUUGGUGCUGAAUUUGGCUCACGUCUAAAGGUAAAUACGACAUCGAAAAAGAAAGCAAGCAACUCGUCUUCGCCCACUUCCCCUAUGGAAACGUCACCAGUUUCUCCAGAGUUAGUGCCUAUUAUAACACUGCUGAAUGCACAUACGCAUAGAAGAUAUCAUGAAGGUGUAUUUUUGAUCUUACAGGAUCUAAAGAACAACGGCACUCAUGCAGCUAGGAAAUGGAAGGACGUAUAUGGGGUACUGAUAGGUACCCAACUCGCCCUUUGGGAUGCCAAGGAAUUAGCAGAAUUUUCUGACCCCUCCUGUCCUGUUUCUGAAAAGAAACUGAAAGAGAUUGCCUCUAAACCUACUUAUAUCAACUUGACGGAUGCAACGUUAAGAACUUUGGACACUUCUGACAAUAUUGUCAUGGAGUGUGGAAAAAAUCUCACCAAUGCAUUAGUUGUUUCCACGACGUUGAAGAACCGAUAUUUCUUACAGUUUGGUAACAAAGAGUCUUUUAACAAGUGGAAUGCUGCUAUUCGAUUAUGUUUAUACGAAUGCUCUUCAUUACAAGAGGCUUACACAGGUGCGUUUAUUUCAAGUAGAGGUGCAAAACUAGGUGAUAUCAGAAUUCUUCUAACGAAUAGGAAAUAUGAUUAUAAAGAUUGGGUUAGCGUCAGGUUCGGCGCUGGUAUGCCUUGGAAACGUUGCUAUGCGGUAAUCUCGCAGUCCAAUAGUAGGAAGAAGGACCAUUUUGGUGAAAUAAAUCUUUAUGAAAAUGAUAAAAAAGUAAAAAAAAAUCAUGCAAUGGCAACUAUUGUAGAGGCAAAGGCACUUUAUGCGGUUUACCCGUCUUCUCCAAAACUAAUAGAUUCUUCCACAAUCAUUAAAGUUGUUGGUUCUGUAAAGUUUGAGAAAAACGAAAAUGCACAGGAAAAAGAUGUCUUUAUUAUGCCCGAGAAGCACCAAGCUGUACCAAGUUAUGAUACUAUAAUCAGAUUUCUAAUACCUGCCAUGGAUACGUUUAAAUUAUAUGGCAGGCCGGAGAAAUUAUUAUCGAGUAAAAACGAUCCACAUUCACUGUUGUUUGGUUUGCCAGUUUUGCCGCAUAUAUAUUACCUAGAAAUGGAAGAUUUGCUUCCGUUGACUAAUUCCAUAUCAAGUGCGCAUUGGUCGAAUAAUGAUUGGAGAGAGCACGUCAAUGACAUUUUGCAAAAGAAGAUAGCUCAAGGAUAUUGUGGUUGUAAUUCUGCCUCCAAUAUUACUUCUCCACUGCCUUCCCCUUUUCUUGGUUCAGCAGACUUAUUUGAAAGGGCAGAUGGCGUCCUUUCACCCAAGUUAUCUUUCGGGUCAAAAUCUUCUUCUAAUAAUAGCUCAAAGAAUAGUUUACCAAAGAGAGAACGUAUCAAAUUACCAUACUCAGCGGAUCAUGAAGUUGAUAACACUGACAAUCCCACUGUUCAACAUGAAAGUGUUCCCUUCGAGAUAUCUGGAAGCCCACACAAGACAGUCACACCUACUGAUUCAUCUUUCAGAACAAAAUUUACAGAAGGUUCACCAUACAGUAGGCAAAGUCCUCUCAAGCCUUUGGUGCCAUCUAUAAAUGAUUCGCCAUCUGACAAAGCUAAGUCAAGAACAGAUCCCUAUAUUGAUUAUAAUAACAUGAAAAUGAAUACCUCUGAGAGAUUUGAUAGAGGAGACGCUCUAUAUGAUAGCAACGCUGAUUCAAGUUUGAAAAAAGUUAGGAAUAUCAAAUUAGAUAUUCCUGCGUCCAAUUUUGACAAGUUCAAAACCGACAAAAAUCUAUUGUCUGUAGAUUCUAAAUCCUCCAACGAAAAGAAACUCUCUGUGGAAUCAGAUUUGUCUGCGAUCUAUGAAAAAUACUCCAAUGGUCCCUUUGGUCACACUGAGGGACUCAAUGAUUCUUCUGAUGAAAAUUAUUUGCGUUUUCAACGGGCUUCAGUGCACUCAGAGAAUGGCUACAAUCCAAGAAUAUCCUUUACGUCAGGUAACUUUCCUGAUAAAGAUGAAGAAGGGCAUGCUGUUUUACAGGAGUUCAAUAGUCUAACUCAAAGAAUAAACGAACUUGGUAUAGAAAGUUUAAAUUCGAACUCAGAUUCAGACAAACUAAAUAAGUCAUUUUCACAAAUGGAAUUGGACAACGAUGGCAAUGAAGACGAUAUGAAUUUAUUUGACCCAGACUUUAUGGCGCAAGAUCAAUUGCGUGCUGAGGAAAGAGACUACAAUAAGGAUGAUAUAGUCCCCCCAGAAACAACAUCUGAGGUUUUUGAAGCAGCUGGGUUAGGCAUUAUUUCUGAUGAUCAUAUUGGAGGGCAAAAUACAACGGAAUAUAGGUCACCACAAGAGGUCCCAAGAUUAUUUCCCGAGAAAGCCCUCAAUCCAUUACAAAUGGAUAACCCAUACGCAAAACCCAGCACAAAAUCGAAGACAACCUCUACUUCCAUCAAAACUGACCGUAGCGCUCCACAGAAGGGCUACCAAACCGUGCCUGACCAGCAAAUUGCCGCUUACGGUCAAACCGCAAGCAUUAAUGGUCUCAAUGGAAGAUACGGAGUAAAAAAUCAAUCAGCGGGAUCACCGAGGAACGCAAAGACGAGAGCUCCACCAAGUCCAUACUAUCAAGAUUUUAAUAAUCGUUCUGCUUCUUCAAACCCUUAUCAGCACUCUCAACCUUCGGAUGCACAACCACGAGCACGUCGUCCUCCUGGAAAUCCGCACCCAACGGGGAACAGACCAAAUAUGCAAAUGCGAUAUCCUCCUCAAAUAACGGCACAGUAUCAUCCACAGAAUGCCAACUUCGUACCCGGAUCACAACAGCCACCUCUGGCUACUCCACCCCAGCAAUUCAACCGCCCGUAUCAACCCCAUGCGAUGAAUGCACAUUCAGUCUCUCCCGGCGGAUACACUGGCGCACCGCCAUUUCAGCCAGGAAAUUUGAACUAUAUCAACAGAUCUCAGCCGCCAUGGCCAUCCCCUAGUUCACCAUCCACCCACCACCGUCCGCCACCCCAUAUAAACCAACCGCAAGGAAAUGGUAGUGCCGGUUUCUAUCGUCCUCCGGCCCCACAAUUGAACAAUUCUCGAGACCGCCUACAAAAUAAGGAGGGAUUUUCACAAUUCAUGCCUUCAGCAACUACAAAAAACCCAUAUGCCCAGUAG